AUGCAGUCUCGUCUUUCUGGCAUGAGCUUGUAUCUCAAAAUUUGCUUCAUUGUCAUCCUUUCUGUUGCAUAUGUUGUUGCGCUACCUGUUUCUGGCUCAGGACUCGUCCCCCGAGCCGACCAGGCUCUGGCUGGCCCGGCCAAUCAAAACCACAAUUUGGGUGAUCUCCAUAUCCCCUGGACAGUUCAGAUCAGCGUGUUGUAUCCUCAGAAAAAGUCACUGCAAGUCGACACAAUCAGACACUACAAAAAGCACAUCGUAGAUCAUAUCAAAUAUCAUAUCAGUGAAAACAGUGACAUCACCAUAUGCUACGAUGUGUCUCACUUACCCCAAAUUCCAAGCCUUUUACCCCCCGGAACAAGUUAUGACGGCGACGUCAGUCUCAAAUUUACCUGGAGUGGUCCGAACCAUAUGUUCGAGUCCAGAGGGGAGAUUACCACAAACUCCAAAGCCACUGCUGUCAAAGUGAAAAUUUCCUUCCCAGCAGAUGAUGAGGGCAUUCGGAUUCGCAAGUAUGGGGUCCCAGAAAAUGCUGAAGGGUGGUCUAAAGCUGAUGACAGAGAGGAUGUUAGAAAUGCUUUAUGUUGUUGCUCCAAAGACCACGCAACAGCAGGCAACAGCCUCGAGCUUGUUGCAUCCAGCUGUACCUGA